AUGGCAGCCACUAACCCGAACAAUAGGUUCAGCUUCGGCGUGGAGCUCGAGUUCGCCGUUGCCUUCAUCCAGGAGUCCCAGCAAGAUGAGCUGCCCCUCGACGCCGAGGACUUUGACCAGACCUACAGAAAGCUCAUCGUCGUCCCCAACGAGCCAGAGCCAGACCCAGGCAUGUCCCCUCCUCCUCCUGCUGACGAUGAAAUCUUCCUCGACUCCAAUGAGCGGAGCUGCGGUGUCAAGGCUGCGUACGAGCAUGUCCAGAAAACCCUCGACCGCCUCGGCCUGAAUCAAGGCACCCCGACGUGCAUCUUCUAUCCCAACGAGCUCGAAGAAUUCCACAUGUUUAGCAAGUGGUGGGCUGACAGCGACGAUUCCAUCUGCCUCCCAGGCGAUCUGGACAUCUCCCUGCCCUAUAAGGGCGUCGGCUGGAUCGCCGUCGAGGUGACCUCACCUGCCCUGUGGUCCGACAAUCCGCAGAGCUUCGAAGAGGUUCGCAAGGUAUGUAACGCCCUGAAGAACGAGUAUUGGACCAUGACAACGCCCACCUGUGGCCUCCACUUCCACAUCGGCCGGGGCUUUGACUGGAUGAAUGCCAGGGAUCUGCGUCGUAUCGCGGCCCUCCUAUUCGCGGCUGACCCGAUCCUCAGUCAGCUGCACCCGGAGCACCGGCUGGGCAACAGGCACUGCCCGAGCAUCCGCGACUUCAGCUGCGUCGCCACGGGCCUGACGCAGUUUGAAGCCCGGCGGAGGCUCGACAAGCAGCUCCCGAGCUGGGCGUCGAGCGUGGAGACAGAGUCCGAGCAGUUCAUCACCGCCCAGAGCAGCUGUCCCAGCACCAGCACGUCUUCCUUUGAUGAGAACCGCAUCAUCCCUCGCGGUGCCCUCAAUGGCUAUUCGUCCAAAGACCCAAUCGAGAUCAUCUCCUGGACGCCAGGCACCGCAGUCUUCAGGAACCCCUCCAUCUCUCACCCCACCACCAUCGGCUGUGCCGCGGAGAUCCUGUCCGCCACCCGCGCCGGCGUCGUCCAGCGCCUGCUCUCUGGGCAUAUGCUAACCGGUAGGCUGGCCUACCACUUUGGGCACUUUGACGAGUCCCUCUAUGCUGAGCCUGCCACCCAGCGGACCAUCGAGUUCCGCCAGUGCGCCGCGACCCUUGACUCGGACGAGGUGGUCGCCUUUGCCAGGCUGUGGGUCGCGCUCUGUGAGCGCGCCAGCGAUGGGCCUCUCUCUCUGACCUGCCAGGCGAUCCAGAAGUGCUCUGACGCCGAGGUGCGCCGGAAGCGAGGUCUGGCCGCGGACUUUGACGUCUUUGACCUGCUCGCGAUGCUCGGCCUGAGCAACGAGGCGCAGGCGCUGCAGACCGUGCUCCUGCAAAGGUAA